AUGUUGCUUUUCAUCUUCCUAACUCUGCUGGCCUUGAUGCAAUGCAUCCUGGCCAUCCCGACUGUUCCUGACACGCUGAACGUGACUCUCAGCCAGGUGAGCAACACGCGCAUCAAGGCUGAAGUGACAAACACCGGCAACGAUGACCUUACUAUCGUGCACCUCAACUUCUUCGGGGACACCGCGCCGAUCAAGAAGGUGUCUCAACCUAACCAGCCAGAAACCGAGCUGGUAUUCAACGGCAUCAAGAUGCGGCUGGUCCUAGACAACCUCACUUCAGAUGCUCUCACCACGAUUCCUGCCGGCGAAUCCCUGGUGGACGAAUUCGACAUUGCCUCAACCCUCGACAUUACCGACAGCGGCCCCAUUACCGUCCACACCUCCGGCUGGGUUCCAAUCGCUAGUGACCAUGAAAUCGUCUUCUACCUCCCCUACACUUCCAACACACUCACCAUCAACAUCGACGCCGCCAAAGCUGCCACCAUCUCCAAAGCCCUCACCCUCACCUCAUCCCUCCACCGCCGAACCAGACUCAGGGACUGCAACGCCAACCAAGACGCCAUCAUGCGCACCGCCCUCGACAACGCCAUGCACAUGUCCAUCGCCGCCGCCAACGAGGCAUGGAAAGGCUCCGCGGCGCGGAUGGAAGAAUACUUCAAAUCGUCCUCCGAGGAAACUCGAAGCCUCGUGGCCAACCGACUCGCCUACAUUGCUGCGGAAUCUUCGCUCAAUGCCGACAGAACCACCUACUACUGCUCUGACAAAUUCCAGUUCUGUACUGAUCGCGUCCUGGCGUAUACGAUACCAGAGUGGAAUGUGGUGGUGAAUUGUCCGUUGUAUUGGUCAAGGCUGAUGCCGGUGCAGACGACAUGCCACGCGCAGGAUCAGGCGAAUACUGUCAUUCAUGAAUUCACUCAUGCGCCGGCUGUCUAUGCUCCUGGCACGGAUGAUCUGGGGUAUGGAUAUAAGGCGGCGAUGAGGUUGACCAAGGAUCAGGCGAUUCGCAAUGCGGAUACCUAUACUUUGUUUGCGAAUGCGGUGUUUGUGGGGUGUUGA